CAGAAAGUUAUCAAGCUAAAUCACACCAGUCCACGAAACAUCCUCUGAGGUGUAAAUCUGUUAGAGAUGAAUUAUUUCAAAUAUUUUGGACACUUUGGGAAAGAGUUUAGGAGCGAGGGAGAGUACUCCAUACUACCCUCUGGGGAGGGGAACAUGGUUGAGCUCCAGGACAUGGCAGGUCAUCCCACCAGUACCGGGGAAUACAAACAGAAUCCACAGAAUCAAAUGGAAAAAUCUUCCAAAAGUGUUGAAGACGACAGAAAAGUUGAUUACCCGGAUUUUCUUGAGAAUAAAGUCGAAGAAUUGACCAAGACCGAGAUUCCAAUACAAGAUGGAGAUACAAGAACUAAAGAAGCUCUUAAACACGAAGUAGAAGAAUACAAAGAAAACUUUGAUUCAAACGAUUUAACUUUCGAGGUUAUAGAGUCCGAGGAUAGGUCUCAACUUAUCUCAGAGAUUCUUGGGCUUAGGGACACUGUGGAGGCAUUGGAAAAAAGAUUGGAAAAGGUUCGAUCAGAAAAAGAAGAAAUGGAGACGGAGAACAUGAUUCUUUCGGAGUACAUUCUUAAAAUGAUGAAGGAUUCAGAUACAUUUCAUCCGUUAGAUAUCUAGGAUUCAGAUACAUUUCAUCUUUUAGAUAUCUAGGAUUCAGAUACAUUUCAUCCUUUAGAUAUCUAGGAUUCAGUUACAUUACAUCCUUUGGAUAUCUAGGAUUCAGAUUUGUUUCAUAUCUGACAGUCUUUUUAUUUCUAUAGAGAACAGGUUUUUUGUUUUAUUCCUGUAUACAACUAUAUAUUUGCACAGUUAUAUGCAUAUUAUCAAAUUUUGUUGAAAAAUAUAUCUUUGUAACCUUUAA